GACCUCGCGACGUAUCCACCGCAAGACCUGCUGCGUGUGCUCGCGGCGCUGUUGCAACAGAUCGCGAUGGCGAACGACCAGCUGCGGCCGAGUGGUGGAAGUAGGAGCGUGUCUGGAGGCAGCGGUGGUGAGCCGUACUCUCCCGGCUCCGGUCGACUACGUAUCACGUCUGCUGCCCUCGGUGCCCUGGGAACGCCAAGCAGCACGCUUUGUUUCCACGCGCGCAACGUACCGAGCAUCAGCAUCGAGAGCUACCUCCUGCGCAUCCUCAAGUACUGCCCGACGACCAACGAAGUCUUCCUCAGCCUGCUCGUCUACUUUGACCGUAUGAGUCGCAUGGGCCUCGGCAUGCGCGGAUUCGCCAUUGACAGCUUCAAUGUUCACCGACUCGUCAUCGCCGGCGUGACUGUCGCGAGCAAGUUCUUCAGCGAUGUGUUCUACACCAACUCGCGGUAUGCUAAGGUCGGUGGGUUGCCCGUGCAUGAGCUCAAUCAGCUGGAGCUGCAGUUCCUGCUGCUCAAUGACUUCAAGUUGGUUAUUCCACUCGAUGAGAUGCAGCGCUAU